CGAGGUGAGCUCAGUAUAAAGGCUGAUAAUUCUUGGCUUUCCUCUGCCUUGGUAAUAGUUUCUCAAAAUAAGUAGUGCUGCUCUACCGUCGUCGGGUGCUUCCCGCAUCACCAGGGACAGGCUCUUAUCAUCCAGAAACUGGAUAAGCUCAGAAUAUGCUUCUUCAUUCUUUGCCUCAUUCCGCAGCAGUUCCUCUUCGUCCUCUGUCACAGGCACUCCCAGAAUGGUUUCUUUCAACCCUUGCAGACGAAGGUGGCCCAAGAACUUAGUCUCCCACAGUUCAUACUUAUUUUCAUCCCCGUCAAAUAACAAGCGCGACCAGCGGCUCCCACUCGGCUCUACUGGCUUUCUGCUACUAGUCAUGUUUGGUGCCUACACGCACCUAGUCUUAAGUGUUAGUUUUAAAUGUUUUGCUCUAUAGGUUUUCGCCAUCACCUGGGCCCAUAACCUCUUAGCAGAGCUAAGAGCAUAGCGGAUAAAACAUAACACAAAUAGUACCAACAAUAAGACUUACUAGACGGAGGAAUUAAGAAGUAUGUGGAGACAGAGGAAACGUGACUUGUCUGUUACACAGCCAAUAGAGAACUGCCCUCAUCCUCCAGUGAGGCUUUUUAUUGACACUCAAAUAAACAGUUCACGCCCACACACAGGUGGCUCAAAUCAGGUUCAUUGGUCACAUCAAUCAGUUCAAGUUGCCCAAUGUCCAAUCACACAAUAUGAGAGCAUAUCUCAACAUUACUAUACACCACUGGUGCUAACCCUGCUGCCUAAAAAAGGAAACCCGCAGGACAUCGGUAACUGGCGCCCUGUGUCUCUGCUGUGUGUGGAUUACAAGCUUCUGUCCAGGGUCCUGGCCUCCAGGCUGAGGGGAGCUAUGGAGCAGGUCCUCCAUCGGGACCAGACCUACUGUGUGCCCGGCAGGUCCAUGGUGGAUAACGUCCACCUCAUUCGGGACGUUUUGGAGGUCUCCAGCUCGUUGGGGCGGAGCCAUGGAGCCGAAGCCGAGCGUCCAGCACCUCGACCUGGAGGCCGCCGAGGCGCUCGUCAGCAUGAGCUUCUGGGGUCAAAGGUCACACAAGCCCCGCCCACUGACCCCCACCUCCGACUCCUGUGACUCCACCCAUCUCCACCAGGAGGGGGGGGACGCCCCCAAAGACCUGAUCGCCCUGUCGUCGCUGUGUAUGACUCCUCCUCACAGUCCGAGCUUCGCCGAGACCUCCGCCACCUCUGCCCUAAGCCCCGCCUCCAGGCCAGUCUUACCCCGCCCCGCCCUCAGCCCCGCCCUCAUCCUCAGUGACUCCUCCUCCUCAGCCCCUCAGACGGAGUCGUCCUGCGUGGCUCCGCCCAGCCGAGCGAUGCUCACCAGCGUCAUCCGCCACACGGACAGCCUGAGCGCUCCUCACCAGGAGCCCGGAGCCCCGCCUCCUCCAGAGGAGAAGGCCAUAGCCCCGCCUCCUUCUUUCUCCUCCUCUCCGGUCCUCUGCCAGGUCUUCCCUGUGAGCGGCCGGACGGCGAUGAUCUCGGUCCAGGUGCAGGCGGGGGGGCCUAAGCCCCUCCUCCCCCACCCGGGGCUGCUGGUGGGGUCCGCCGUGCCGCCGGGCGCCGUGAUGUUCGUGCUCCCCCAGGCGUCCGUGUCCCAGGCGCCGCCCACCGUCGUGACGCUAGGCAACACCAAGCUCCUCCCCCUGGCGCCGGCCCCCGUGUACCGGCCCCCGGGCGGCGGCGUGCAGGCCGACUUCUCCCGCAGACGCAACUACGUCUGCAGCGCCCCCGGCUGCAAGAAGACGUACUUCAAGAGCUCGCACCUGAAGGCCCACCUGCGCACGCACACAGGAGAGAAGCCGUUCAGCUGCCACUGGGAUGGCUGUGCUAAGAGGUUCGCCCGUUCAGACGAGCUCUCUCGCCACCGCCGCACGCACACGGGGGAGAAGCGCUUUGCGUGUGGCGUGUGCGCUCGCCGCUUCAUGCGCAGCGACCACCUGAGCAAACACGCCCGGCGCCACGUGACCAACAAGAGGGCGUCGCCGUGGCCCGCCGAGACCCGGGACCCGCGGCGAGCGGCGCCGGCCGGGGGCCUGGCGUUUCCCGUCGGCGUGCUGAUCUCCACCGCCGACUGACUCGGGAGCCCGGGGGGCGGGGCUUAAACCCUGACUGUCAAUCAGCUUUCGACCAAUCAAACUGCUGCUGAAGCGAAGACGUCCAUCCGGUUCACUUUGACCUGGUGACUGUGGCACUUCCUGUUUCAGAGGCUCUGUGGCACUUCCUGUUUCAGAGGCUCUGUGGCACUUCCUGUUUCAUAGACGCUCUGUGGCACUUCCUGUUUCAGAGGCUCUGUGGCACUUCCUGUUUCAGAGGCUCUGUGGCACUUCCUGUUUCAGAGGCUCUGUGGCACUUCCUGUUCCAGAGGCUCUGUGGCACUUCCUGUUCCAGAGGCUCUGUGGUACUUCCUCUUUCGUAGACGCUCUGUGGCACUUCCUGUUCCGUAGACGCUCUGUGGCACUUCCUGUUUCAUAGACGCUCUGUGGCACUUCCUGUUUCAGAGGCUCUGUGGCACUUCCUGUUUCAUAGACGCUCUGUGGCACUUCCUGUUCCAGAGGCUAUGUGGCACUUCCUGUUCCAGAGGCUCUGUGGCACUUCCUCUUUCAUAGACGCUCUGUGGCACUUCCUGUUUCAGAGGCUCUGUGGCACUUCCUGUUCCAGAGGCUCUGUGGUACUUCCUCUUUCAUAGACGCUCUGUGGCACUUCCUGUUUCAGAGGCUCUGUGGCACUUCCUGUUCCGUAGACGCUCUGUGGCACUUCCUGUUCCGUAGAUGCUCUGUGGCACUUCCUGUUCCGUAGACGCUGUACCGUUAGCAAUUUUAGCAUCUUAGCACAUUAACGCGUCAUGUUACAUCAACAUGCUAAUGUUAGCAUAUUAGCAUGUUCAUGUGACCUUUAGUUAGCUAACGUUUAGCUCGUUAGCCAUAAUAUGUUCAUAUGCUGACCGUUAGCAUUCAGCCCGGAAGUCAUUCGGUGUUGUUGUUGUUGUUGACGUUCAUCUUUGAGGAUCUUUCAGUCGUUUUUGUUUGACCAACUCGACCCAGAAGUUAUAUUUAUGUAUUUCAACUCGUGCCACAGUAACAAACUGAUGAAGACGAAGGUGUUGGUCACAUCCAGGUCUGAGGUGACGAAGACGAGGACGAGUGUCCCGCGCAGCUCAGGACAUUUUAUGACCAACCAACUCCUCAGAGGAGGAAGAGGAGGAGGAAGAGGAGGGCUGCUAUUUAUCCACAGACAGAAACCAACAAAAACCUGACAUUGCACUGGAUUUAUUAAAUCUUGCUUGUUUUUGUGUUCUCUGUUCUCAUCUUGUUUACUUCUUGUUUACUGCUUGUUUACUGCUUGUUUACUUCUUGUUUACUCCUUGUUUACGGCUUGUUUACUUCUUGUUUACUCCUUGUUUACUUCUUGUUUACUCCUUGUUUACGGCUUGCUUACUCCUUGUUUACGGCUUGUUUACUCCUUGCUUACUCCUUGUUUACUCCUUGUUUACUGCUUGUUUACUCCUUGUUUACUGCUUGUUUACUCCUUGCUUACUUCUUGUUUACUGCUUGUUUACUCCUUGUUUACGGCUUGUUUACUGCUUGUUUACUGCUUGUUUACUCCUUGUUUACUGCUUGUUUACUUCUUGUUUACUGCUUGUUUACUUCUUGUUUACUGCUUGUUUACUGCUUGCUUACUCCUUGUUUACGGCUUGUUUACUACUUGUUUACUUCUUGUUUACUCCUUGUUUACUGCUUGUUUACGGCUUGUUUACUGCUUGUUUACUCCUUGUCCAGCUCCACGUUGGUGCCAAAGCCUCCGUGCUCUUUGUGACUGUAAAUACUGUAAAUAUCUUGAUAUCUAUAUGAUUGUUGACGUGUAUUCUGCAUUUAUUGACGUGUCAGGUAUUCCUCACUGUGAUACAGCCUUUAUAUUAUUAUUGAAUGAACAUGUGUUUGGGCCCAAAGCCAGUAAGAACAAUACCUCGUUAUUAAAUGUUAUUCUUAAUAAUAAUGGCUUAUAUCGGAAUAAUAGCGAAGGAGAAGAAUAUGGAUUUUAUAAUCAAACAAACCUCAUAAACAUUCGUUGUCUUUCUUAAAAUCAAGUUUAAAUUACGUUAGCUCAGGACGUAGUUAGCUUAGCAUAAAGACUGGAAACACCCCAUCAGGGUUUAGCUUAACAGGUACAUAGUACAGGUAACAUACUAGAGCACAGGUAUUAGUACCUCAGUUAGAGAGUAAAUACAUUUACUGAAGUAUUGUUCUGAUAGUUUUCAUGUAUUUGUAGAUACUACUUUAUACGUGUACUACUGAUUCUGAUACUACUGUACUUUUUAUAACUGGAUUCACAUGAAUAUAGUAUUUAUUAAACUACUCGCAAAGUACAAUAGGUACGAG